AUGAGCGGCGGAGGAAAGGUGGUAUGCGUCACCGGAACUUCCGGUUACAUAGCGUCUUGGAUUGUCAAGCUUUUGCUCCUCCGUGGCUACACCGUCAAGGCCACAGUUCGAGACCCAAGUGACACGAAGAAAACUGCCCAUCUCCUUGCAUUAGAUGGUGCAAACGAAAGACUCAAAUUGUUCAAAGCAGAUCUUUUGGAAGAAGGUUCUUUCGAGCAAGCUAUCAAAGGUUGUGACGCUGUCUUCCAUACCGCUUCUCCGGUUAAAUUCACCGUCACGGAUCCUCAGACUGAGCUGAUUGAUCCAGCCGUAAAUGGAACCAUAAACGUCCUUACGACAUGCAAAAAUACUUCAUCUGUCAAAAGGGUCAUUGUAACAUCGUCCACGGCUGCGAUUCUUGUUCGUCAACCUCCUUUGGGACCAAACGACGUGGUGGACGAGACUUUCUUCUCUGAUCCAAAUUUAUGCUUGGAGACAAAGUAUUGGUAUCCACUCUCCAAGACUUUGGCAGAGAAUGCAGCUUGGCAAUUUGCCAAAGACAAUGGAAUCGACAUGGUCGUGAUGAAUCCAGGAUUUAUAAUCGGACCAAUUUUGCAACCAACACUAAACUUUUCGGUAGAGAUGAUUGUGGAUAUCAUAAAUGGUAAGAGCACUUUUAAUACUGGAAGCUAUAGGUUUGUGGACGUGAGAGAUGUUGCUUUGGCUCAUGUCAAAGCAUUGGAGACUCCUUCAGCUAAUGGUAGAUACAUCAUCGAUGGUCCAAGCGUGACCGUAAAUGACGUUAGAGAGCUUUUGCGUGAGUUAUUUCCAGAUUUGUCUCUUGCUGAUAUGAAUGGAGAAAGUGAAAUGAAUCUAGCAACUUACAAAGUGUGUGUGGAGAAAGCGAAGAGUUUGGGAGUUGAGUUCACUCCUAUUGAAUCAAGCCUUAGAGACACUAUUAUAAGUCUCAGGGAAAAAUGUCUUUUAUGA